UCUUUUCUUUUCCUUUCUUUUUUAUUUUUUUGUCCUUAAUUUAAUUCAAUUUAAUUUAAUGUGCCCUUCGAUCUUUUCAUUUGAAUAAUAAUUGGGGGUUGGGGGGGGGCAUCUGUUCUCUUCUGCUUGUGCUGGCCUCGCGAGCACUCUUCUGUUGAAACUCCCUUUUUGAGUUUGAAUUCAGCAAAGUGAGGCCAUUUUUAGGAUAUGGCUAGGAGGGGCUAAUUCAGUCCGUGCAUGGAGAGGAUGGAAAUGGAGAUUGGAGCAUUCAAUAGAAAGAGUGAGGGCAACUGCAUACUUGUGGGGCUCCAAAUGGAUGCCAUAGGGCGGGAAUUGCUCAACUGGGCAAUCACCAAGUUGGCGGAGCAAGGAGAUCGCAUCGUCGCCAUCCAUAUUUGCCGCAAAUCCGAUCUCUCCAAGACCAGCACUCUGUCUCUGAUCAAGGUGUUAGAGGACUAUUUGACAGUGUUCGAGAGCCUGUGCGGUAUGAAGCAGGUGAUUCUUGUGGGUCGAGUCACUCCGGGAAGUUCGAUCCAGAAAGUGCUUGUGAAGGAAGCAAAACUGUGCGCCGCCAUGGCAGUGGUAGUUGGAGCAAACAAGAACUACUCGUUUGGAGGUGCGGCUUCUCUAGCAAAGUAUUGUGCCAAGAAACUCCCCCCAACUACUUGUGUAAUAGCAAUUCAGAAUAGCAAGGUGAUUUUCAAAAGGGAGCCGAUUGAAACCCCUCCAGGCAAAGAGCCAAAGCCGGUUCUGCGCAGUGUAUUGCAUCCAAGCGUUGGCAUGAAUCCAAAAGUUAUCAUCCCCAAUUCGAAUCUUAAGUCCGGAGAGGGAGUAAACAUACACGGCGACGUCCCUAAAGAGCGCAGCCUUGUUAUUCGUGAUGAGGCCUCCAAAAGUGCUUCAAGCUCUGUUGCUGUUUUAGUGAAGAAGUUGCCAGAGAAAAGACUCGGUUGGCCCUUGCUCAGAAAGGCAUCAUCGAAUUUCAAAACACCGGGAGAGGAAGAAGCCCGGAAGUUAUCAGUGGUCCAGUGGGUCAUGAACCUACCAAAUCGAUCUUCACCGUCCAUUGAACCGCAGAAGGAGUUAGCCAAAGAAUUGAAAAACAUCUUGGAAACCAAUUCAUAGAGAUGUCAAAUCAUCAAACAUCCUUCUCACCAAUGACUUUGAGCCCCAGUUAUCUGAUUUUGGACUAGCCAUAUGGGCACCGAACAAUUCAUCCUCCCUAACGCAUAGUGAUGUCGUCGGGACUUUUGGAUACCUAGCUCCCGAGUAUUUUAUGUACGGGAAGGUUAGUGAUAAGAUUGAUGUGUACGCCUUCGGUGUUGUCCUACUUGAACUUCUAACAGGAAGAAAACCAAUCGCUGAUGAGAGUCCCAAGGGCCAAGAAAGUCUGGUUAUGUGGGCAUCGCCGAUACUAAACCAAGGGGAUGUUACUGUUUUAUUGGAUCCGGCGCUCGGGGGAAACUACAACGAACUCCAAGUACGAAGAAUGGUCUCGGCUGCAUCUCUCUGCAUUACAAGGUCAG